AUGGCUUUCGAAACCAACUAUCCGAUUCCUUACCGAAGCAAACUGACCGAGCCGUUCGAACCUGGACAGACACUUACUGUGAAGGGAAAGACUGGCGAGGACUCUGUCCGUUUCACCAUCAAUCUGCACAACUCGUCGGCUGACUUCUCCGGAAACGAUGUUCCCCUUCAUGUCAGUGUGCGUUUCGACGAAGGAAAGAUCGUCUGUAAUUCAUUUGCAAAGGGAGAAUGGGGAAAGGAAGAGAGAAAGAGCAAUCCUUACAAGAAAGGAGACGACAUCGACAUCCGUAUCCGAGCUCACGACAGCAAAUUCCAGAUCUUUGUUGACCAGAAGGAACUGAAAGAAUACGAGCACCGUCUCCCGCUCUCAUCCAUUACCCAUUUCUCAAUUGACGGCGAUGUUCUCAUCACACAUAUCCAUUGGGGAGGAAAGUACUAUCCUGUUCCAUACGAGAGUGGACUGGCUGGAGAAGGCCUUUCUCCAGGCAAAAGCCUUUAUUUGUACGGAAUGCCGGAGAAGAAGGGAAAGCGAUUCCACAUCAACAUUCUCAAAAAGAACGGCGACAUCGCUCUACAUUUCAACCCGAGAUUCGACGAGAAGGUAGGUUGCCCUGGAAAAGAGGCCUUUUUGAGACCUGGUGAAGAUGUGAGGUAUUUGAAGGCAGUGGUGCGUAACUCAUUGAUCAGCAACGAAUGGGGUAACGAGGAACGCGAGGGCAAGAUGCCCUUCGAGAAGGCCGUCGGAUUCGAUCUCGAGAUCAAGAACGAGGACUACGCCUUCCAGAUAAUGGUGAACGGCGAACGAUUCGCCUCGUACGCUCAUCGACUCGAGCCACAUGAGCUGAAUGGGCUCCAGAUUGGUGGUGAUGUCGAGAUUACCGGAAUUCAACUUCAUUAA